AAGUGCGGGCCCAUCUGCAGUUGGACAUCAUUCAGCUUGAGCGUCUUGCGACAAAAGCUUGCCAAAGCAAAUCCAACAAACUUUCAAAGACCAGUCAACAAAUCAACAACAAUGAAACUCUUCGUCUUCGCUCUGUGCGCCAUCGCCUCGGCCUCCGCCGAUGUUUCCCACCUUAACCUGGGCAGUGGUUACAGCUACAACAAGCCCACGCCGUCCUUCAACAUCCCCUCAGCUCCAGCUCCGGCUUAUCUGCCACCCGCCCAGGAGGUGAUCUCCGCGCCUGCUCCAGCUCCUGUGUACUCUGCUCCUGCUUACUCCGCACCAGCCCCAGCACCAGUCUACUCCGCUCCGGCACCCGCACCAGUCUACUCUGCUCCGGCAGCCGCACCCGUUUCGGAGUACCUGCCUCCUGUUCAGGACAUCCCAGCUCCCGCCCCUGUUUACUCUGCUCCUGCGCCAGCUCCGGUCUUCUCUGCUCCUGCUCCAGCUCCGGUCUACUCUGCUCCUGCGCCAGCUCCAGUCUACUCCGCUCCUGCGCCAGCUCCUGAGUACUUGCCUCCCGUACAGGACAUUCCGGCUCCCGUUUACUCCGCUCCUGCGCCUGCUCCUGUUUACUCCGCUCCAGCACCAGUCUACUCUGCUCCGGCAGCCGCACCCGUUUCGGAGUACCUGCCUCCUGUUCAGGACAUCCCAGCUCCCGCCCCUGUUUACUCUGCUCCUGCUACAGCUCCGGUCUUCUCUGCUCCUGCUCCAGCUCCGGUCUACUCUGCUCCUGCGCCAGCUCCGGAGUACCUGCCUCCCGUCCAGGACAUUCCGGCUCCUGCGCCAGCUCCAGUGUACUCUGCUCCUGCGCCCGCUCCAGUUUACUCUGCUCCUGCGCCCGCUCCAGUUUACUCUGCUCCUGCGCCCGCUCCAAUUUACUCUGCUCCUGCUCCAGUUUACUCUGCCCCAGCUCCAGCUCCCGUGGAGUCGGGCUACCAGUACAACGUGCCUGCCAAGCGUUUCCGCUUCUAAAUGGGCAUCAGGUGGACCCCACAGAGCGCCACAGCCAUUUGCGUGGUGACAGCUUGUUAAAUUAACAAGUGCCGUCGCCCAUUGUUGUUGAAUAUUUGUUGUUACGCAAAGUUCCGUUGAGAUUUUAGCUAAUAAAAAAAUUAUAAAACCAAA